CCACUCGCAGUGGGAAAUUCUUAAUGGCGCCUCACGAAUCUGCGCAGAUCUGCAAGUGGGUACCAAUUUUUUUAACUCGCUUCACCGUGUACAUGAUUUAUGUGCCCAAUUCUGACCGGAAAUUCGGCCAUACGUGCAAUUGUGGCCCGUCGCCAGAACCUGAGCUGCACGUCUGGAGAUUCUACAGCUGCUUCGCAAACGGCUGUUGCAGUUGCGGGAAACCUCGAUCAUCUCACGUUGUUCGCCCUUCCGUGAUCGAGGUUUGAUCGAAGUUGAGUCAUGCAGAGAUUGGGUAUUUUUUUUGCCGCGUGAGUAGAGGAGGUGGUGACGAUGAACGAGAAGGGCUGAGACGAAUUGCGAAAGAUUGAUGAAGCUCUUGAGAAUUAGGAGGUUGUUUGAGGAAGAGGACGGAGCUGAAGGUUGUUAGAUGCACUUGGAUGGUGCAGGGGUUGCGAAAUUGCGACCUGACGUUGGUUUUUGGAAUUCCCAGUGAGCUGUAUUCGCAUGUCGUGAUUUAGUAGUUUUGUGAAACCAUAGAGUUUUUUGUCACGAGUGUUGUAAUUGUUCCUGGGUGGAGAGCACUUUGCGCAAGAUUGGGUGGAAAGUUUCAAGAUGUCGAAACCGUUGGGGACUAUUGUAGGUGUGAGCUCGGCGACCUUGACAGUGGUUGUCGGCUACGCGAUCUGCUCUAGCCUGCUCGCCGUGAUUAACAAGUACGCCAUAACCUAUUUUCCUUACCCCGCUCUCCUGACGGCCCUGCAGUACCUUACGUCCGUGGUGGGCGUAGUGGUAGCAGGGUGGUCAGGCGUGAUCACCCACAAUAAAUUUGUCUGGGACACGGCGAGGAAAUUCUUCCCCGCCGCGCUCGUUUUCUACCUUGCCAUUUUCGCCAAUACAAAUCUUCUAAAGCAUGCGAAUGUGGACACAUUUAUCGUGUUCCGGUCCACCACACCAUUGCUGGUCGCCAUUGCUGACACGGUUUUCCGAAAACAACCCUUACCUUCUAAAUGGACAUUCGCCUCGCUCUUGGUGAUUUUGGGAGGCGCUGUGGGUUACGUCGCCACGGAUUCCCAAUUCAGCGUCACCGCAUAUUCAUGGGCGGUUAUUUACCUCGUGGUUAUUUGCACGGAGAUGGUGUACGUGAAGAAGAUGGUGACGGAUAUUGAGCUCAACACCUGGGGUUUUGUUUUCUACAACAACUUGAUUUCCCUUCUGCUGUCGCCCAUCUUCUGGGUCCUCAUGGGCGAGUACAAGAUGUUCAUGGUGGGAGGGCCUGCUCUGGAGGACGGCCUCAUAAGCUUCUUCGCCGUGGGGGUGAGCUGCCUUUUCGGUGUGGCGAUCAGCUUCUUCGGUUUCGCGGCUCGCAAGGCAAUCUCCGCAACGGCAUUCACAGUCACCGGCGUGGUGAACAAGCUCCUCACCGUGGUCAUCAAUGUCAUGAUCUGGGACAAGCACGCUUCCAACUUAGGUCUCGGAUCUCUCCUCAUCACCAUUGUUGGUGGCAUCCUGUACCAGCAGUCCACCACAAAGAAAUCACCAUCUGUUCCAGCUCCCGUUGCAUCAACCCCUCCAAGCACCGACACGGACGAGGAGAAAGGCUUACUGAUCGAAGACAGAUCUUCUACCAUUGUUUCUGAUGAGAAGAAUGACGCAUAGCAGCAGCAAAACCGGCUCAACAUUGACUUUUUCAAUUCCUCUACAGAUUCACACAUUCUGACAACAAAUCAACACAGGUUCACCGCUCUGGGCCUUUGAUCAGACUUGCAGGGAUUUCAGAGCCUCCUGAGACUGGUUCAUCAUUGUAUCAGCUCAAGGUUUGCAUCUCUCUGUUCACUGUUAUCAGCAUCGUCAAGCUUAUUUUCGGCAGAGUAGAUGGACUGAUAGUCUGACAGGACAAGGUUCUUAGAUAGCACCAACACAUGACUCCUGACAGUUUAACUCAAUUUUCAUGCUUAUUGUCAUCGUUGAAAUCGUUACUGCAGGAAUAUAAAGAGAGGCAGGAUUCUUUGUUGAUACGCUUCGUAUUUCAACAUUUUGUUUCGUAUAUCAACAUUUAGCUCGCAACUAUGGUUGCGUCUUCCUGCAUAUAAUCUCUUCAAGUUGUUUUUGUCAA